AUGGCGGUGCCGACAGAUACUGCAGCUGUCCCUACAGCCACCAUCGCCUACAAAACCGAUCCUAUCCCCAUUGAGUUUGAUCUCUACAGUCCUACCGAGAAGCACGACAAGCCGGGCGCACUAAUCAUCUAUUAUCACGCUGGUGCCACCUACCUUGGCUCUCGGAAGCUCGGUUUCCCAACCUGGUUACGGGAUGGCUGCAACGAACGAGGCUGGACGAUUUGUUCGGUGGACUAUCGUUUGCUGCCGGAGAGUUCAAUCGCUGAUAUAAUGCAUGAUCUAAAGGAUAUGUGGACAUAUGUCCACAACCAUCUCAAUGAUGAACUUAGGCGACGUUCUCUUACCCCGAUCGAUCUUAACAGCAUUUUCGUGAGCGGAGGGAGUGCUGGAGGAUAUCUUACCUUCCAAGCUGGCCACCUCCUCACCCCCCGUCCUGCUGGCCUUGUCGCAUUGUAUGGCGAUUGUUUCGUUGGGGAUUGGUAUGCGACCGCCCAUCCAGCGGACGCUAUCAUUGGCCAUAAACGACUCAGUGACAUAGAAAAGCAUUCUGCUGAGAUAGAACAAUACUUUCAAGGUGGCAGGAAGCCGGUCACGGGCCGGCCUUUCAAGGAUGGGACUGAAGUUCACUCCAUGUUUUACCACUACUUGCUUCGGAAGGGAGAAUUCCUUAAGCGUACCUUCGGCGUCGGGUCAAUGGAAGAAGCAGCCUCCCGUCCUGAUCUUCACUAUCUUUUCCCCCAGUUCUCCGUCAAAGAUAGUUACCCGCCUAUCGUCCUUGCACAUGGAAAAGGGGAUACUGCGGUUCCCUGUGAGCAGACGAUCUUCUUCUCUGAGUUUCUGAACUCUAAAGGGCUCUAUAAUGAAACCUACCUGCUUGAAGGUAGAGACCAUUUCUGGGACGGUCUCGAGGAGGACGAUGUCCUCUUGGUCAAAGCAAAGAUUUGGUCAUUUUUGGACAAACUCGCGACGCGUUGA